AUCUAGGCCUUUAGAUCAUGUGACUUUUAUCAAACCUAAACAAACUUAUAGAAUUUUAUUUUGUAUCGAUAUUUUUUAAAAAUAAUUGUGCUUGUUAACACUGUUUAUUUUAUUCUUCAUCAAUUAUAAAAACUCACUCUAGAAAUAAAAUGGCAGCUACCCAGGGUGUGGAUAGAAUUCCAGAUGCUUUAGGCUAUCUUGUUUUGAAUGAAGAAGGAGCUGUUCUCAAUUCCGGUGGUCAUCUGGAAAAUGAUGAGGUAACAGCCAACAAAAUCACAAAGCUGGUCCACACGGCUUACAAAAUCCCAGUCACCAGCGAUAAAAAAGAUGUCUUGCGGAGAAUUUCAGUGAUCCUAGAUGAUGUGGUGUUCAUGGUCACAGUGUCACAGCACAAAAUUUUUGUCUGUAAAAAGCACUACAACCCCCAGGAGGCUGUGACAGCGUGAACCCGGAUGAAUUCACAGCAUGCAUGGAUGGGUAGGAGUUUUGAGCAGUCGGGUCUAGCCAUGUGCAUCAACCAAUUUUUGUACCCUACUGGUAAAUUGGUGGUUAUCUUCUGUUGCGCCCCAGUUUAUGGGAUGCUCCCUGUGUUUUGAACAUCUGCCUUUUAGGUGACUUUCUAUGGUGGAAAUGUUGCCCCUUAUUGUUAUGUUAAUUGACUUGAAUUCACAAGCGAGCCGCCUGGUGUAUUAAAAUGGACUGAUGCGGUUGUGUAAUUAAUUU